GACAGAAGUGGCUGGCCUGUGUACUAUGUACAAUAUUCAUCACAAAUCGUGCACUUUUCUGUUUUUAUUCGAUGGACUGUUUUUCUUCCAAAGAGACAGGUCAAUAGUUACCUGUACUGUAAUCCGUUAAUAAUUUGACACCUUUUAUGACCCCAGCAAUAGACUGACUUCCAGUGUAGUUUCUAGAACGCGGUCUUAUCUGCGACAGUUUUUUUUUUACGUAAAUAUUUAACCGUGUAACGUCUGCUGAAUGGCUGGCAACAUCGUCACGAGUGUGGGUUUGUACAUUUCGUUUUAUAUUGCUUGGGUGCUUUGCGCACUUCGGUCUGAAAGAAUGGUGUCGGCUUUGUCUCUCAUCUGCGCGUUUCUUUGUAUAGAGGAAUGAAUAAAAGCCCAGCGUUUUCCAAAGGACUCGUUCGUCAAAGAAUCGUUUUCUAAAAGGACCUAAAAGUAGCUGAACAAAUUAUAUGAACAGACUGCAGGUCUGCAAGGAGCAUGAGGCUGCAAUGGAAAUGCGGCCGCGUGCUGCUCCUCUUCACCAUCAUUGUCAGCCUCGUGCUCUUAAUGGCGUUCGUGCUGUCCUGGGAACAGUCAUACAAGACGUCGAGACACAUCAACUCGCCAGUGAUUACGCAAGAACUGCUGGACAUCAUCUCUGAAGCUUCACAUCCUCACGAGGGCAAAGCCACUUCUCGAAUACUAAUGUUUAAUACCACAAGGCUCCAAUUCAGCAACAUCACAGAGGACAUCUUGACAACAGAAAAGAAGUUCCUUGCGAUUGGCCUUUGUUCUGUAAACCGGAAACAUGAGCCAUACUUGAUAGACACCCUGAGGUCCAUAUUUGAGCAGUCAAGCUCAAUGGAACUUCAGCAGAUGGUAGUAGUGGUGCACUUGUGCGACUUUAACAUGGCGUGGUGCGAGAUGACGGCACGUAUAAUUACGAAAAUGUUCCCCAGCCAUGUGCUAGCCAAGCGACUUCUAUUGAUCCACGCACCGGAGGAGAUCUACCCCUCCCUUGAGGGCCUCAAGGCCAACUACAAUGACCCUCCGGAUCGAGUGCGCUUCCGCUCCAAGCAGAACCUUGAUUACUCAUUCAUAAUUGGCUUCUGUGCCAACCUUGCUGACUACUACCUCAUGCUGGAAGAUGAUCUGAAAUGUGCAAAGAAUUUUUUGACCACAAUUCAGAAGGCCAUUGCUUCACGACAAAAGAAAUAUUGGGUCACGUUAGAAUUCUCCAAACUGGGCUACAUUGGCAAGCUCUACCAUGGUAAUGACCUCCCCACCCUUGCUCAAUUUCUGUUCCUGUUCUACCAGGAGAUGCCGUGCGAUUGGCUUCUGACACACUUCCGUGUUAUUCUAACACAAAACAAUCCCAUAAAUUUCAAGCCGGCGUUAUUUCAGCACAUGGGCCUCUACUCAUCCUUCAAAGGCACUCGGAAUGAAUUGAAGGACGGCGAUUUCCAGGAGAGUACCGCAAAUGUGGCCGAUAACCCUGCCGCCACCUUUCACACAAACAUCAAGGUGUUCGAAGACUACCGACCUGAGAAAGCCUACAGCACUGAAAGUGGCUACUUCUGGGGAAAGACGCCCGUUGCAGGAGAUUACUUCACGUUGAAAUUUAUGGAGCCUCAGAACAUCGAUGUGAUCGAAGUUCUGACAAGUUCGUUUGAAAGAAAAAAUGACGGUCUGAAAGCUGGCUUGUUACAAGUUGGAACUAAUGUCGACAAACAAUCGUGUUUUUCUUUUAUCACACUCGGACAUUUUGUACAUGGUGAAUUUAGGGAAAGAAAUAUCAGCACACUUGUGCCAUUUAAAAUUGGCUGUAUUCGUAUAAAUGUGACUAUGACCCAAACAGAAUGGCUUAUUAUUAGGAGUAUCAGCAUUUGGGUUGUUCACAAGUAAAGAACAAUAGUGGGCACACUGAAACGUACUCCCACCGAGUGGCUUCCUGUUUUGGCCAACAUUGGGCCAGAAAACUUCCACAGGGAUGCUGUGAUAUCAAGCCAGGUGGGACAAAAUCCAAGAAAGCAUUGUCCUCCCAUUACACCAAGAGCUGCUCGACCCUCCACAAACUCGUCCGAGAUCCUGGAAACCAAUCUGGGAUUGCGGGAGACAAUUGGAUAUUGGACGGAGCGGGAUCAACUGAAGGCCGCUGGCGAAUGCUGUGGAGUUUUACUGAAGUUCCUAACAAUAGCCUCAAUGAGGGCACCACCACUGCUCCGCACGGCUUUGAUCUACCAAGAAAACUGUUGUGGCUUCAUCAACCACUUCAGAACAGUGACUGCGCACACCUCUUCCUCAAGUGGAAAACGUUAAUAUGACCCACAGUUCAAUAACUGUGGCCACUCGAAUCAAACAAUGGACCGCAUCACAAACAACUGCAUUUUAGGCCUGCUCUCCGUUGGACUGGACAGUAUUAGCGCUACUCCCAAAGCUAUCACAUGGCUCACAAGCUUAAUCCCGGAUGUAUAAUUUACACCGACUUGUCAUAUGCUAGAAGAUGAAGAGUAAUAAUUUUCUGCUACUGUGCAGCAUUUUGUAUUGUUUACUAUAAUAAUCUAGAUUUGAAGUUUUCGUGACUGAAGGGAUCCAUACUCUUUGGUUCUUUCGGUAAAGUCACGUAGGUAUAAAAUAAAAUUAAAUCACUUGUAUUUUAUACCUACGUGACUUUACUAUAAUAGUUAACACAAAUCUCUCCCCAUCAGUUCUCAGCUCCUGCAUUCACAAAAACUUUAAAUCUAGAUUCAUAUUGGUAGUGUAUGUAAAACUGAAUUGAAAAUGUAAAGUAAUAACAAACAAUGUACAUUCUUAGACCUCCUUUGCCAGUACCAAAAUAUAAUAAUAGGGUUUUUACCCUCACCCCGAGCCCUCAUUACUUUGAUAGUGCAUUGUCUUUGAGCUGUACGCCUUUUGGCGUCCUCUGGUCGAGCACCAAUUGGGUCGAGGCUCAAAAGAAAGCCGUCCCUUGGUGUGGACAAAUCAGUUUCAAGGACAAUGUAUAUAUUAUCAUAGUGUGUUUUUUGUUUGCAUUUGACUACAAGUAUUGUGAUUAAUGCAGACAUGAAUCCUUGUAAAAAGGUUUCAGUUUUGUGGCCAGAAAAAAAAGGGGAAAACCCUAUUAUUAUAACAAUGUGCAUUGGAAAUAUGCAAUGAAUGUUAAUCCUGUAAUGUACCUGAAUGAUAAUUCCAGAUGCCAGAUAUGGAUCCACACCUGCAAAUGGGGGGGGGGGGAGCAGGUUUGUCGAUCACAUAACAUUGAAACCUUUUGUGA